AUGAGGCUAAUAAUCAUUCCGGGAAUCUCAUUACUAGUUGUCCAUGAUCAAAAGUAUGAGCAGUUCAUUCAAUGGCUCGAUUCAAAUGACUUUCCAAAAACAAAGCUAGAACUUGCUCAUUUCCCAAGCAAGUCUUCCCGCUACUUGUUAUUUUUAUUUUCACGACUCACUAACACGUACACUGGUCGUGGUAUGAUGGCCAUGAGCCCUAUUGAGGCUGGAGAAGUCAUUGUCUCGGUACCUAGGCGUUUCCUUAUAACCAACAAGAGCCUCAUGGCUAUUUAUGGCCCCCACCCUUUAAGCACUCAUCAACUCCUGGCACUACAUCUGGUUCUUUUGUGUCGUGAUCGAGAGUCUUGGUGGGAACCAUAUACUAGUUUACUUCCAUCCCAUUUCAGCACCAUGCCUGUAAAGUAUCCCACAGAACUCCAAAAUCACUUACCACAUUCAUUGACAGUCUUAUUUACCCGGUUUGGUUUAGAACAAGUAGCCCAACAGAAACACAAAAUCGAAGAGGAUUUUGUAGCAGCCGCAAAAUUCUUUAAUAGUAAAAGAGACUCUCUUCAGUCCCAAGAGCCCAUUCUUUAUGAGGAAUACGAGUGGGCUUGGUUGUGUGUAAACACUAGAUGCAUCCACCUAAAAACCGCAGAUGCUACUGCAAAGGGAGGAAAUAUGGCACUUGCACCUAUGCUUGAUUUUCUCAACCAUGCCUGGGAUGCCAAAAUUCAGAGCGAUUUCAAUAUCAAAAACCAGUGUUUUGAGAUCAAGACAUUGGUGCCCUAUGCCAAGGGCGAGCAAGUUUUUAUCAGCUAUGGGCCACAUGAUAAUUUGGCCAUAUUGAAAGAAUAUGGAUUUGUUGUGCCUGAUAAUGUAUUCAAUUAUAUACAAUUGGAUGAUGAGGUGUGGUCUUUAUUUGAUGAUAUGGAAACACCCGAGGGCGCUAUCAUUAAAAAACAAAUCUUGGAGGGAGCUGGAUACUCAGGUGACUAUUCUAUAAAAAAGGGCGAUGUAUCAUUCAGAUUGCUUUGUGCUUUGCGACUGUUGGCCUUGGAAGGCGCAGGUAGACCCGGAUUUAAUCGUCGGGUUAUGCAGUGGAAUGAUGUUGUAAUGGGCCAGACAGAGCGUAUUAGUGCUGACAAUGAGCGAAGAGUGAUGAUUAUGCUACAGUCAAUAUGUGGACAAGUUCACGAAGAAGCUGCUAGAGAAGUAGAGGAGUUGGAAGAAAUCAUGAACAACAACUCGCCAGGGAUGCAUCCAUUUGCAGUACGUUUCUUGCACAGUACAUGGAAUGAGACAAAAGCUAUUGCUAGUGAAAUGUUGAUAGAAAUAGAAGAAAAGUUACCUCUUAUUACAUAA